GACAGGGUUUAGCGGUCCGACUAGCUUGGAGGAGAACCGCCGGCCUGAUGGAUGCAGACAGUCUCUUGUUGUCGCUGGAGUUGGCGUCUGGCAGUGGGCAGGGGCUCAGCCCGGACCGUCGAGCCUCCCUGCUAACGUCCCUUAUGCUGGUUAAGCGCGAUUACCGCUUUGCUCGGGUCCUUUUCUGGGGCCGAAUCCUCGGCCUUGUUGCGGAUUACUAUAUCGCACAGGGACUGAGUGAGGACCAGCUCGCACCUCGCAAGACUCUCUACAGCCUGAACUGCACAGAGUGGAGCCUCUUGCCCCCUGCCACAGAGGAGAUGGCGACGCAGACGGCGGUGGUGAGUGGCCGCUUCAUGGGUGAUCCCUCACACGAGUAUGAGCACACCGAGCUCCAGAAGGUGACCGAGGCGGAGAAGGUCUUUGAUGAAGAAGUGGUGGUCCAAAUCAAGGAAGAGACCCGCCUGGUGUCAAUCAUUGACCAGAUUGACAAAGCUGUGGCCAUCAUUCCCCGAGGGGCCCUCUUCAAGACUCCUUUCGGGGUCACCCACGUCAACCGGACUUUUGAAGGCCUGCCCUUGUCUGAGAUCAAGAAGCUCAGUGCCUACUUCCACUUCAGGGAGGCUGUUGACCUGAAGAACAAGACCUUGCUCGAGAAGGCAGACUUGGACCCCUCUCUGGAUUUCAUGGACUCCCUGGAGUAUGACAUCCCCAAAGGGUCUUGGAGUAUCCAGAUGGAGAGGGGCAACGCGCUGGUGGUGCUGCGCAGCCUGCUCUGGCCGGGCCUCACCUUCUACCACGCUCCCCGCACCAAGAACUAUGGCUACAUUUACGUGGGCACGGGUGAGAAGAACAUGGACUUACCCUUCAUGCUAUAGGAGGGGCAGUCUGGGUAUUUAUGUGCAGUCUAAACAUUAUUUCCAUAAAGUCUGACACAUUAGG